AUGGAUCCUCGCAAGCCGCCGGAGCAUAUACUUGAGAUCUUUGCGGAUCGUGCCUCGGUCAAGGAGAUCGUGAAGGGAGUUAUACACGCGAUCUUCUUCCAUCGGUACUUCCCCUGCGUCAGACCGGAUUCCGUCGACGUUCUUGACUUGACGCUGCCUGUUGUGGACGAUCUGGAGGUCGAGACCCUGAUUGAUGCGCGGGUGAAUGCAUUGAUACAGCAACAUCUUUCUACGGCAUCGAACUCGGCGACUGGAGGGGUCCGGUCUCGCAUUGCCGUGCAGUUCUUUGAGAAAAGGCGAAAGAAGUCUGGUGCGUGGUUCACCGGGUUGACCGGCAGUGGGGACGAGGAGGUUUGUUGGGAGAUAUGGACUCUAGACAUCACCAUUGCGACUCCGCGGACCGAACUAGACCGAGCAAAGGUGCGAAAGGCGAUGGAGAAAAUGUUGAGGAAAGCCGCGCUCAAGAUCGUGGCUAUUGCGAAUAAGAAUAAAGACCACAUUCCGCCGAUUACGAGCGAGUCGAACCCGUUUCCCUACCAGAUCGUUCUGAACCCGAAACUGGACAACUGGGGGAACAGACUGGGUCUCUACUGA